AUGCCUGACAGAGUAUCAACAAUUGGACCACAGAUAGGACCAAGUCCAUUCAAAAUAAAAGUUCGGGGCAAAACAUACAAGGCUGGAACUCCAUUGACAGUGACUCUGACGAGCAUCCCAAAUCGGCAAUUUCAAUAUUUCAUGAUCCAAGCUCGAAAGUAUAAUAGUUCUGAUGUCAAUCCUUAUGGAAGUUUCUCCGGAGCCGGACGUCAGGUUAUGAUUCAGGAAUGUAUUCACUCAACUGGCGAUUCUUAUGUCAAAGUCAAUAGAGAUACCAUGUCUGAUAUUGUUUUUAAAUGGACCCCGCCUCGAAGUCCUGUUGGACAUAUUCAAUUCAUUAUGACCAUCUUUGAAAAUGACAAUACCUUUUGGGUACGGGAAAAGUCUGGUGUUAUUGCUGAUGAAACACGCCCUCCACCACUUCCCAGAGAACCAGAAGAGAAUGUGGUACCAAUGACAAAACAGAUUAACACUGCUGACUGUGGUAAGAGCCGUGGCUGCUACCGUCACCCUCCAGGCUGCUGGGAACUGAAUUGUCUCUAUAUUGUUACAUGGAAGAACUUGAACAGAACCGUAGAAUUUGAGAUGAGUAUGAUGACAGACAAUAUGCACAACCGCUACAUGACAAUGGCUUUCUCAGAUGACAUUUGGGAGGGUGAUGAUCUUGCUAUUGACUGUAUUGAGGAUGCAACACAUGGAGUUGCGUAUCUGUCUUUAUCCAGAAUUGAUAGCGUCAAUGUUUAUUCUACUCUUCCCAAUCCUAAACUUGGCCUUUCCAAUGAACACAUUUCAUAUUACAACAGCCGUUUGAGAUGCCUCUUCAACUUGGAUAAAUUUGCUAAUCUUGAACACAGCAAAGCCCUUCGUUCAGGGAAAUGGCAUAUUUUGCUUGGUGGAGGAAAAGCCUGGUUAGGAAAUAAAUUGCCCCAUGGUCUUGGAAUUAACCAGAUUCCCAUUGUGUCUGUGGAUGAAGUUGCUAUGUCAGAUCUUGAUGAUAUCUCUGGUGUGGCUCGAUAUCCAAUGGCCAAAGCUCACAGCAUUCUGAUGGUCCUUGCAUGGGUCUUCUGUGCUUCUAUCGGUUUCUUGUGGUCCAAGUAUUAUAAGAAAAUGUGGCCAAACAGUCGUUGUUGUGGAAAGAGAUACUGGUUUGUACAUCACUGGACUCUGAUGACUUUGGUGUUUAUUUUCACUAUUUUGGCUAUGAUUCUCUUCUUUAUCGAUGCUGGUGGCUACUAUGAGCCUCCAUUCCUUCCUUUGCGGGCACAUCCACCACUAUGCAUUAUUGUUACAGUCUGUAUUAUUGUGUGUGCACUUCUUAUCCUGUGCAGUCCGCAAAGAAAGUUAGUUCGACCUGUGUUCAACUGGACAUUCUUCAUUUUCUGCCUAGUAGCAUGUGUAUUGGCAAUGCCAACUUUAUUGAUUGGUUUGGAUUAUGGGAAGAUGCAUAUUCCUGGUUGGGUCACCUGGAUUAUUAUGAUUCUUCUUCUGUUGCAUCUGAUAAUCAACAUUGUUCUUGAAAUUCAUGAUUUCUGCUACCAUGACAAGAAUCAAGAGAGGCAAGAGAAAUAUGAAUACGAAAAAGCUAACAACCCCAAAGAUAGAAUUCCGGAACCUCAUCCAGUGGGUCGCCGUUUCAAGAGGUGUAUGAUGUUUACGCACAUCUUCUUCACGACUAUCUUUACUUUUGUUGUGGUUGUUGCCAUCAUGGCUUCCUAA